CUCAUCUAUUAUCAAAUAAAAAAAAAUGUCAAUGUCAAGUUAAAGCUUCCAUUCGUUUUCUUUUACAUUCCAAUUUUUCUAUAUAAUAAAUGUAAUCAGAUCCCAUAUCUUUAUUAAAUGUUAAACAUUCGGCUUUAGGCCCACGUUCAAAGAUUGAUGGAUCCUUGGGGCACCGAAAUUGCCGAAGAAACUGUAGUUUCGCCUAAAUUUGAAGACGAUUUCACGCCCGCGCAGGACUUGGGAAAAUUGUCGGAUUCGGCCGAAUACUUGGCUAUCUUAGAGCGUAAAUUGAAGUCGAUUCGAGCUAAGAACAAGGUUGUGGAGGAUUUGGCGGCGUAUCGAGCGGAUUGCAUCGACCGGUUGAUGCGAGAGGGCUGCGACUUGGACCCCGUCAUCGGCGACACCGAGGAAGACCAGCUCAUUGAAGAAGAAGAACCUCAGUAA